UUUCAUUUCGUACGGCAUCAGCGCUACUUUGCGUGCCGUAUAAAGACGUUUAAAGCUAACCCGUCCGUUCGAAUUCGUCUAGGAAACCGUCUGCUGUCUGCGUAUACACUUCGCAAUCAUGUCUAGCAAAAAGAAUAAAAAGCAGAAAUGGAUGCCAAUUGAAACUGAAGUCAUCUCAAUCGCUAGUGGUACAUGCUGGGCUGAUGAAGUAGAGAAAGAACAAAAUGCAUUUGGUGGUUUUGGAUUCGAACCUAAACCAUUAAACCUUCCUAAGGCACCAAGAGCAGCUUGUGAAUCUAUUAUUGAUGAAAGCACUGUACCUCAGGAUGGACCAUUCUUGGUUCAUAUGUCAAAUUUACAAUUUGAAAUUGAUGAAGAUGAUAUCACAACUUAUUUUAAAGGACUUAAAAUUGCCAAUAUAAAAUUACCCCGGAAUGACAAUGGACGUAAUAAAGGAUAUGGUUAUGUGGAGUUUGAAGAAAGGAAAGAAUUAAUUACUGCUCUUGGUAUGGAGAACUUGAUCCGUGGACGUCGUGUGCGAGUUGAAUUAGCUAGUGGUAUGCAAGAUUCUAGAAAUGCUUUUCAGAGAGGUAGUCGUAUGGGUAUGGACUUCAAAAGUGAUGAACCUGGUGAUUGGCGAUCAACUAUCCGAAGUUCAACUACUGAUGAUAGAGGAGGGUUUACUAGGAGACGAGAUGGUGGUGCUUUUGAUAAAGACCAUGAUAGUGAAAGAGAUAAUGGUCCUUGGAGAGGGGCUAGGCGUAAUGUUGAUGAUGAUGUUCCUGUUGGUCGCAAACCAUUUAGUGAUCGUCGUUUUGAUGAUUCUGAGGGUGGUAGGAGACCAUUUGGUGAUCGUCGAACAGAUGAUUCGGAUAGUGGAAGAAGACCAUUUGGUGAUCGACGUUAUGAUGAUUCUGAUAGUGGAAGGAGACCUUUUGGUGAUCGCCGUGAUGAUGUUGAAGGAAGUCGUAAACCAUUUGGUGAAUCCAGGCGUGGUUUUGGUUUUAAACGAGAUGAUGAUUUACCUGAAAUAGGGGGUGAUAAUACUUCAAUACCACAAGAACGACCGAAGCUCAUAUUGAAACCAAAGACUGUUGAUCCUAAUGCACCAAAGACUGAAGCACCAAGUUAUGUUGCUGCAGCAUCUAUAUUUGGAGCAGCUAAACCAGUUGAUACAGCAUCAAAAGAGAGAGAAAUUGAAGAAAAACUUUUAGCCAAACACGAAACAAAAGCUCACCCUUCAUUAUCUGCUGCUUCUUCAUUAACCAAUUUGAAUGAAGUUUCUGAUGACAAGAGUCAAGAAGAGACAGAAGUAGUUGUCAAGCCAUCUCAGCCCAAGCCAGUUGAAACAUGGAGGCGAAGAAGCCCACGGCGUCAAAAUGAUGAUGAUUGUCCACCACGAAGAAGGACUUCUCCUGAACGCAAUCCAAGAUAUGAAGAAGCUCCUCCUCCACGAAUAAAUGCAUGGGAAAAACAUUCUUUGAAUAAAGAAUUAGUAUCAUCUGAUGAUAAUGUGUGCAACGGAACAAUUCCACCACCACCUGUCGAGGAGCAAAAUGAUACUCCUAAACUUAAUGUUUACAUUCCACCAAAUCUUCGUAAAAAAAUUCCGGAUGAAGAAGCUGUUCCAGAUAGAGCAGCUGACGGUUCAGAAAUUGUUGAAUCUGUUGUCAUAGAAGCUCCCAUUAAUGAUGUAAGAACUGAUCCUGAUGGUCAGUCAAGUGAACCUGAUGUAGCAAAAGAUCUACCAGUCAUUGAUGUUGCCAAAGAUCAAUCUGUUGCUGAAACAGAUGUAGACAAAAAUGAUUCUGGGUUUAUUGAAUGUGAUAAAUCAAAAAAGAAGCCUAAAGUUGCUAAAAAAGUAGUACCAGAAAUAGAAGUAAAGAAGAAAGAUAUUAUUGUAACUAAAGAGCAAAAAAAAUCUACUAGUAACAAAUUUGCUGCACUUGAUGAUGGUUCCAAUGAAUAGAAAAUAUGUUUUAUUUUAUGUCAUUCAAAUUGUUAUAUAUAAAAGAUAUACAGAGUGCUUGUACCUUUUAAGAUUCCUAAACUGCCAACUUAAUUCUUUCUUUAUAAUCUCUUUUUUUUCAUUACAUUAAUGUUUGCUAGAAACGUAAAAAUUGUAAAUUUAAUAGUGAUAUUUAUGUGUUGUGGUGACAUGAUGUGUCUGUUGUACCGCAUUCAUCUUAAUUUAUAAAUUAUACAAAUUAAGUUUUACAUUUUCUAAUUUUUUUUUCUAAUUGCACAAUAGGCUCUAACGCA